CCAUUCUUCUCCAUCACCCAAAAGUCAUCAUGUCAAGAGCUAAUUCACCGCCAAGCAAUAGCACUGGCUCCAGCAAUGCCAGCGAGAAUCAAAACAAGUCUCGUUCUCAAACACGAUCUCCAAUGUUACCUUUUUCUCGUUUACCACAUGCUACCAUCAGUUCUUCAGUCUCACCAACAGGUACUCCAACAUUACCCGGUAUGACGCCUACAAGUUCUUCACAAAGAAUCACGCGUGGUGCAAGUGUCAUCCCACCCGCCGCCGCUCAUUCCAACACAGCACCUAGCCUUGGUAGAUCCACAUCCUUGCAUUCACGAUCAUCACAAAGAUCCAUCAAUUCGGCCACCUCUUCACCGCCUUUACAACCUCAAAAUGCACCGCCUCUUUCCGGUAAACAAUCUCGUCAUCUUUCUCAUGGCGCUCAAACAAGGCCAGUUCCUCAACCUACAACUCAUCAAAAAGAUGCAUUUGAUAUGGCAGUAGCUUCUUCAGCUUUGUCUAGUAGCUCAGAAGGUUUACAAGCCUUAUUGCGUGAUCAUCCUGAAUUGGUCAGUUCAAGUUUAAGUCGUGCUGCUGGUCCAGAGUACAAUGAAGUAAGCGAAAGCACUCGUGGUAGUCGUGGAGGCAGUCAAAAGGGUAGUUUACCUGGAACGCCAGCAGAGGAAAUCGCUGCACCAACAAACAUGAGUGAAGUAUCGGUUGCUACAAGUGACAUUAAACCAAAUUUGGGAGCAACAGGUGCGAAACCGGACUACUCACAGGCAAAGAUCGUCGUUGCAAUGGUGGGGUUGCCAGCGCGGGGAAAGAGUUAUUUGAGCAACAAAUUGAUGCGAUAUCUGCGCUGGUUGGAAUAUGACGUCAAAGUGUUCAAUGUAGGUCAAUUACGAAGAGCUUUGGCAAAAGCAAAGCUCAAGGAAUCAGGACAAAAAGAAGAUCAUACAGCAAAGUUCUUUGAUCCCCACAAUCCAAAAGCUUACCAGUUGCGUACACAAAUGGCAGAAGAAUGUUUGGAGCAAUUGAUUGUUUGGCUUAAGAAUGGAGGAAAUGUGGGAAUCCAUGACGCUACCAAUAGCUCUAAAGCACGCAGAGAUGCAAUCGCAGCACGCAUUGCCAAGGAGCCGGAUCUCAAAUUGGUCUUUUUGGAAAGCAUAUGUACCGAUCCUGCAGUGAUUGCAGCCAAUGUGGCCGUCAAAGUUAGCAGUGGAGAUCCAGACUAUGCUAACAUGAGUCCAGAAACGGCAAAGAAAGAUUUCUUGGAGCGAAUCAAACAUUACGAAGAAGGUUAUGAAUCAGUUGAUGCAGAUGGUACUGAAUCACAUCUGAGUUAUUGCAAGAUUUACGAUGUGGGUCGAGCGGUGACUGUGAAUCAAAUCCAUGGAUAUCUGGAAAGUCGAAUCGCGUUCUACCUGAUGAAUCUGCACAUCACACCGAGAAAUAUCUUUUUCUCCCGCCAUGGAGAAUCUCAGUACAACGUCGAAGGAAAGAUUGGAGGAGAUUCAGACUUAUCAGAACGCGGCUGGCAAUAUGCAAAAGCUUUACCGCAAUUGGUCAAGGAUGCCGUUGGCGAUGCACCUUUGACAGUCUGGCAUAGUACGCUGAAAAGAACAGCGCAAACGGCUUCAUUUUUGCCUUAUCCGAAGUUGGCCUGGAAGUCCUUAGACGAAUUAGACGCAGGGGUCUGCGAUGCAAUGACGUAUGAAGAGAUUGAACAAUAUUACCCCGAAGAUUAUGCAAGUCGAGAUGAGGAUAAAUUCAAUUAUCGUUAUAGAGGAGGAGAAAGUUAUCGUGACGUUGUUGUUCGUUUGGAACCGGUAAUUAUGGAAUUGGAAAGACAGGAGAAUAUUUUGAUCAUUGGUCAUCAAGCUAUUUUGCGUGCUCUUUAUGCUUAUUUCCAUGCAUUAAAUCAAGAAGAUUUACCUUAUAUCAAGAUUCCGUUGCAUACUUUAUUGGAAUUGACUCCUGCCGCUUUCGGCACUCGUGAAAGAAGAUACAAAGCACCAAUCGAAGCUGUCAAUACACAUCGUGAUAAACCACCACAAAAAGAGACAAUCGCACCUGACAGUCCAGUCAGUGCGGACGAAUCCACAGUUUCGAAAGAAUUGAUGGAUGCAGCCACUUCUUUACCUCCUAGUCAAAUUGAUCCUUCGGGAGGUCAUAUUCUCGACUAAAUAGACCUUAUCCAAAUUUCGAUGAUAAUCACCACUUUGUAUUCUAAGCAUUUUUAUAAACAAAAAAAAGAGUAAUACAAUUUCAGCAUUUCUUCUUUACCUUCACACAAUCUUAUACUGGUCUCGCGAAUGAGCUGAAAUGUAUGAGUUC